AUGUCAUCGUCGCAUCAAGCAAUUGUUAUAGCGGGUGAGGCAUCUGAAACUGAUGAGGAGGACGAUCAUAAUGAACAGCAGUUUAGUAUUUCUAUUAAAGAUAACGAUGACGAUGAGCAUAUUGUUGCUGAUGGUGAUUCAUUAAGACAGCAUCGGAAUGAAUCGUCGAAAACGCAAAAUAGCUGCAGUGAGUGGAAUGCGAUGAAUUUAACAAAUCGAGCAUGGAGUAUGCAUGUGGAUGAAAAACUUGAAAAUCGAUGGCGAUUGUUGGCUGCAGAUGCGAAUUCAUUUGCGAAUCGACAAUGUGUUCCGCUCAAGAAACAAAUGGAAAUUCUCAGAAGUGCUACAACAAACACUCAGCACAUUGUUCAAGAAGUUUCGUUCAAUUUGAGAAGAGCGUCCGAGAAUUUGGCUCAUCUUGAAGCAAAUAUAUCAUUAUUGCUGGAAGGAGCAAAAUUUGUACCUGACUUGGUAAUGUUGCCGAAUAAUAAUUGA